GUGGAUCCCGAAUGAUUUAAUGGCAGUAAAUGACACUUUUGGCCUUUGUCUUAGCCGGCGACCCGACGACCCGUCGAUGUUUCAAGUUCCAACUUUCAACACAGCCACCCAGGACUAGCUGUUGCAAGACUUCAGAGUUCAGACCAUUCUCUUCAACAGAUUUGAAAAUGAAUUGGAUUCAACGCAAGAUCUAUCUGUACAAUGUCACUUUCGGCCUCUACAUGCUGGAUUGGUGGGAGCGUUGCCUAUUCAAUACUUUGGUGGUUGUAUUGAUGUGGUUCAUCUUUUACAAUACCUCACGAUACCUAACUGACUUCGGCAAAAGGCAUCUGUGGUGAAGCUCGGAAGUCGGAAGUAACUCUGGUGUGGAUGAUCACUGUGGCAAAGAUUGUUUGGAACAUGUAUGUAGCAUUGCUAGGUAUCUCAAUUCUAAUCCAGAUAGACUUGGACUUCCCCUGCCCCUGGUUUUGUAGAAUCAAUAGUGCAUGCUUCUAUGUAUUGUACUAAUUCAUUGUGAGCAUUUCAUACCAUUUACUCUCAAUUUAGUGAUACCUUUUGUUCUUGACC